AUGCAGGCAUUCAGCAAGAAGAACCCUGCACCAUAUCCCCCUGGGCCUCCGGGGUGGCCUCUCAUUGGGAACAUCGCAGACAUGCCUCACAACAAGGCCUGGCUCACCUUUGCGAAGUGGGGCAAAAAAUAUGGCGACAUCUUGCACGUCGAAGUUCUGGGUCGGCACAUCAUUGUACUGAAUUCUGUGAAGGCAGCGAUUGAAUUGCUAGACACAAAAAGCUCUAUCUACUCUGACCGUCCGGUUCUUACAAUGGGUGGUAAACUUGUUGGCUGGAAGUACGCUCUGGGUUUUCUCUCUUAUGGUGACCGCUUUCGUUAUUACCGCAAAACAAUCCACCGCAUCAUUGGCAGUCGCGCAGCUAUGAGUGUCUACGAACCGAUCGAGGAAAUAGAGACCCGCCGAUUCCUGAAGCGCGUGUUUGCAAAACCUGAGCAACUGCAAGCACAUAUUCGACACACCGCUGGCGCUAUCAUUCUGCAAAUCUCUUAUGGAUAUGAAGUGAAUGAUAACAAUGAUCCUUUCAUCGACCUUGCAGACCGCGCAAUGAACCAAUUAUCGCGGAUCGGCGAUACUGGUGCCUUCAUGGUUGACAUCAUGCCAUGGUUGGCCAAUGUUCCCGAGUGGUUUCCUGGUGCUGGAUUCAAGCGCCUGGCCCGUGAAUGGCGGCAGACCCUCAAAGAAACUGUUGAUGCACCAUACAUAUUCGUCAAGGAUCAGAUAGCUGCCGGGAUUGCCCCGGUGUCUUUCACCUCAAAUCUGUUGAAAGGUCGUACUUUGUCUGCGGAGGAGGAUCACAUGGUAAAAUGGUCUGCUGUAUCUCUAUACACUGGUGGCGCCGACACGACAGUUUCCACAGUCUAUUAA